AUGGCUGCCAUCCAGCUCGCAGUUGACACUCGUUGGGAGUAUCACACCACCUCCUCAUCUCACCCAUCACAGACCUCCGCUCUCUGCCCAGAAGCUGCCUACGUCUCACUAAGGCUUCCUACUUUGGGUCCUUCAGAUUCGCUUGUUGUCCAUCGCAUCGUAUUCACCACCGAGUCUCACGACCAAGGCUUCAGCGACAACGAAAACGACAUCAGCACCUACCGCGGCUCCAACUCCUUCUUCGAGGCUCACGUAUCAGAUCCGUCCACCGGGGCUCUACGCGUGCCACAGCGCCGCAUCCAGUAUAAUUUGCACGCGAGCGAUGUGUUCCGCACCCACACAAAUAUCUGGGACAGGCGCGAUGAGGCCUUGGCCGAGGCUAGUCCUGGUGCUGCCGCCUGGGUCAAUAGGACAGAGAGCAAGGGCCUGUCGCUGUCUGAGUGGCUGGGUGAGCUCCGCGGAGGUGAUGUUAUCAUGAUCGUACCCAAAGCCUGGUAUCCCGGAUGGACCAACGUCGUGCGGUUCGCUCGGAUCGAGGUCUGGGCUGAGUUUGUCUCAACCCGGCCAUCAGUACACCAACCUCUGUUCGGGACAACUGACAAGAGUCAAGACUUUUAUCGGCCAUUGAGUUUCGACAAAAAGGAGAUCCGGUUGGUCGUCGUUGAGCCCGAUCACCGGGGCGCAAGCGAGGAUGCCACCCUCCGGCUGUCAGUCCGAUAUUCGUCGCUGGAGGAUCUAAAUCAUGUGCCAUACGAUGCACUGUCGUACUGCUGGGGAGACUCUGCAGAAAGGGAGUCGGUGCUCCUCAGCGAUGGCGAGUUGGGUCUACAAGACACUGAGAUUUACAUUCGGAAGAAUCUCGCAUCGGCCCUUCGGCACCUCAGGUCUUUGGACGAGCCAGCAGUGCUUUGGGUCGACCUGCUGUCAAUCAACCAAGCCGAUCCUGAGGAACGUUCUCACCAAGUCGCACUGAUGGGAGAGAUAUUCGCAUCCGCCCGGUCGGUCCGCGUGUGGCUUGGAGAGGCGGAUGACUUGGUGACUGAGGAUCUUGGCAUAAUUCGAUCAGUUGCCCAGCGAUAUCACGACAGGUUGAGGAACAACCCCGAGCUCGGACUCCCAACUUCGCGACAAGCGCAUGAAAUGAUCGCCCACGAGACCUUCAUCUUUGUAGACGCCGACUCUAUCUUCAUCCGGCCCUGGUUCCGACGUGUCUGGGUGCUGCAAGAGGUCUGGAACCCGCCGUCUGGAACCAAAGGGUUGCAGCGCCAAGUUACGGUCCAUUGCGGGAAAGAACAGCUCCCGUGGGAAGACAUUGCGCAGGCGAAUCGCUGUAUUUACGAUCAGCUCAAGUAUCUCAACAAUUACACUAUGCCGCGGCUUCUCACGGGCCUGUUUGACAUCACUCGAGAUCGAGAAUCGUCCGUCCUGACCUGUGUUCCCGCCGACCGCCGCGACAUAUUGAGCAUCGUCCUGGAUGGACUCGAUCUCCAGGCCACCGACCCCCGAGACAAGAUUUUCGCACUGCUCAUCUUCGGCCACAAGACUCACAAGAUUGCCACGCUGCCGACCUUGCUCAGGCCUGAUUAUACCAAGAGUGCUGGACGGGUGUACGCCGACUUCACGCGUUGGUGGAUACUCGAGCAUCGAUCGUUGCGCAUCCUAUCCGCUGUUCACGCUCUCGUGGGCAGGCAAUGGCUCCAGCUCCAGGCGCACGAUGGGAAUCUACCCCAGCAGCAUAGUCCCUCCUGGGCUCUCUGGUCAGCGGGCCAUAGCUCCUGGGUGAGGGGCACACUCGUCCUCCAGGAUGAAGCCUGCGUAUAUAGUGCCUGCAGCGACCGCAAGACUAUCGAUGAGGAACUCCUGACACUACCCGUGGCAGCCGGUAGGGAAGAAGCCGACGGCCUCGCCAUGAAGCUUAAGCUUCGGGGAGUACGGCUUGGCUCGAUCGCGGCUGAGCCAGCCCACUAUCCGUACUUUCAGCAGCCGCCCUUGUCGGCAGGUCUCCAAGGGGCAUACAUGCGAAUCUUUGACCCUCCGUGUACACUCGGGACGUGGCAGAAUGCACGCAACGCCAGGGGGGAGCUGGGGAAGUACGAUGUUCAUUUCAAUGAACUGUUUCGGCACUAUAUAGCACAUUGGGAGAGGUACCCGCCUUACCCGCUCACCAGUAGCGAUUCUCAGAGCGAAGCUGAGAGCGGUUCUGAGACUGAGGUCCAGAGUGAUUCCGAGAGCGAUGCCCGUAGCGGUUGCGAGAGUGAUGCCAAGACUGGGUCUGAUGACGAUUGCCAGUGUGAUUCAAGCGACGAGGAGCCGACUUGGCUCCCCUGCCAUGGAAAAUGCAUGUUCAAGACCGACGAUGGUGGGCUUGGGCUCUGUCCUGGGACGGCGAUGGCGGGAGAUGUGGUUGUGAUCUUCUAUGGCGGAGACGUGCCCUACCUGUUGCGGCCGUCCGGAGAACUUGGAACGUAUCACUUUAUUGGGGAGUGUUAUUUUGAUGGUGUCAUGAGUGGUGAGGCAUUUGCCCCUGAUAGGAACUUGGCCGAGGAAAUAUUUGUGUUGGAAUAG